AUGGCGGAUCACUGGCUGAUGAAGGCCGAGCCAGUGCCGCGCAUCGUCAAAGGCAUUGAUGUAUCGUUCAGCGUAGACCAGUUUGAAAAGAUGCAGGUGACUCCAUGGGAAGGAGUGCGAAAUUACCAAGCGCGUGGAUUCCUGCGCGACCAAAUGCAGGUCGGCCAGCCUGUGCUGUUCUACCUCAGCAACACAAGUCUUCCUGGUGUGGCAGCGAUUGCAGAGGUCGUUCGUGAAGGGUACCCCGACCAUACCGCGUGGGAUGCUAAGCAUCCGUACUUUGAUAUGAAAUCCGACCCAGCCGCGCCGCGCUGGUUUAUGGUCGAUGUACGCUUUGUACGCAGGCUCGCGCAUUUUGUGCCGUUAGCCCUCCUACAGCACAUCGCACGGGACCUUACAUCGGAGCAGCGCGAAGAGAUCGGCUACCUCACCGAUGAGCACCUCGCUGCACUGCGUUCUAUGGCGUUGCUCAACCGCGCGCGACUAAGUGUACAGCGUGACGUCUCUUUUAUUGUAGCGUUUGGUGAUAAGCAGUUGUAG